GUUUUCUAAAGCAAGACGUCUUAAUAUGGGAAGCCUUAGGGUGUUGAGGCAUUGGCCUCAACUUAUGUACGCUUUUGUUUUAUUAGCCACCAUCGUUGUAGCCGAUAAGCCUUAUGGUUAUAACUCUCCACAGUCUAAAGGCUGGAAAUUGCCACCGGUGAAGCAUACUUUGCCAAAGUCGAAAUAUGUUUACAAGUCUCCACCACCACCACCACCGGUAAAACACACAUGGCCACAUCUACCCUAUCUUCACAAGUCUCCUCCGCCAUCUUAUAUCUACAAGUCUCCACCUCCUCCAUCACCAUCCCCACCUCCUCCAUACGUUUAUAAGUCUCCACCCCCACCGUCGCCUUCCCCACCUCCUCCGUACGUCUACAAGUCUCCACCCCCACCGUCGCCUUCCCCACCUCCUCCGUACGUCUACAAGUCUCCACCACCACCGUCGCCUUCCCCACCUCCUCCAUACGUUUACAAGUCUCCACCCCCACCAUCACUAUCCCCACCACCUCCAUACGUUUACAAGUCUCCACCACCACCCUCACCUUCCCCACUGCCUCCAUAUGCUUACAAGUCUCCGCCUCCUCCAUCACCAUCUCCACCACCCCCUUAUGUCUACAAGUCUCCACCUCCUCCGUCACCAUCUCCACCCCCUCCAUAUGUGUAUAAGUCUCCACCACCUCCAUCACCAUCUCCACCACCCCCGUAUGUGUACAAGUCUCCACCUCCACCUCCACCAUCACCUUCCCCACCACCUCCAUACGUUUACAAGUCUCCACCACCACCCUCACCUUCCCCACCGCCUCCAUAUGUUUACAAGUCUCCGCCUCCUCCAUCACCAUCUCCACCACCCCCUUAUAUUUACAAGUCUCCACCCCCUCCAUCACCAUCUUCACCACCUCCAUAUAUCUACAAAUCUCCACCUCCACCAUCACCAUCUCCACCACCUCCAUAUAUGUAUAAAUCUCAUCCCCCACCAUCUCCAUCCCCACCACCUCCAUAUGUGUACAAGUCUCCUCACAUGCCAUCUCCAUCUCUUCCACAUCAUCCAUAUUACUACAAAUCACCACCUCCACCAUCAAAGUCACCCCCUCCUCCAGCUUACUACUACAAGUCGCCACCACCACCAAGACAUUAUUCUUGGGAUUUUAAAGGGAAAGGUCUUAAUAUGGGAAGCCUUAGGGUGUUGAGGCAUUGGCCUCAACUUAUGUAUGCUUUUGUUUUAUUAGCCACCAUCGUUGUAGCCGAUAAGCCUUAUGGUUAUAACUCUCCACUGUCUAAAGGCUGGAAAUUGCCACCAGUGAAGCAUACUUUGCCAAAGACGUAUUAUGUUUACAAGUCUCCACCACCACCAGUAAAACACACAUGGCCACAUCUACCUUAUCUUCACAAAUCUCCUCCACCGUCAUAUAUCUACAAGUCUCCACCUCCUCCAUCACAUUCACCACCACCCCCGUAUGUAUACAAGUCCCCACCCCCACCAUCACCUUCCCCACCACCUCCAUACGUAUACAAGUCUCCACCACCCCCGUCACCUUCCCCACCACCUCCAUAUGUGUACAAGCCUCCACCACCCCCAUCACCUUCCCCACCACCUCCAUAUGUUUAUAAGUCUCCACCACCCCCGUCACCUUCCCCACCACCUCCAUACGUUUACAAAUCUCCACCACCUCCAUCACCUUCCCAACCUCCUCCAUAUGUGUACAAGUCUCCACCACGCCCGUCACCUUCUCCCCCACCUCCAUAUGUGUACAAAUCUCCACCGCCUCCGUCACCUUCCCCACCACCUCCAUACGUGUACAAGUCACCUCCACCACCAUCACCUUCUCCCCCACCUCCAUAUGUGUACAAGUCUCCACCGUCUCCGUCACCUUCCCCACCACCUCCAUACGUGUACAAGUCACCUCCACCACCAUCCUCUUCCCCACCUCCUCCAUAUGUGUACAAGUCACCUCCACCACCAUCGCCUUCUCCCCCACCUCCAUACGUUUAUAAAUCUCCACCUCCACCAUCACCAUCUCCGCCACCACCAUCACCAUCACCAUAUGUAUACAAGUCUCCUCCCCCACCAUCACCAUCACCACCUCCCUCAUAUGUGUACAAGUCACCUCCACCACCAUCACCUUCCCCACCACCUCCAUACAUUUAUAAGUCACCUCCACCGCCGUCACCAUCUCCACCACCUCCAUAUGUGUACAAGUCACCUCCGCCACCAUCACCAUCUCCGCCACCUCCAUAUGUUUACAAGUCACCUCCACCACCAUCUCCAUCUCCUUCUCCCCCACCUCCAUAUGUGUACAAGUCACCUCCGCCACCAUCACCUUCCCCACCGCCUCCAUAUGUAUACAAGUCUCCACCUCCCCCCUCACCAUCUCCUCCUCCUCCAUAUGUAUACAAUUCUCCUCCCCCACCAUCACCAUCCCCACCCCCGCCUUAUAUCUACAAGUCUCCUCCCCCACCAUCUCGUGUACCACAGCAUCCAUACUACUACCAAUCACCACAUCCACGAUCAAAGUCGCCCCCUCCUCCAGCUUAUUACUAUAAGUCUCCCCCACCACCAAGACAUUAUUAAAAGCACAGACUUAUUCAGCAAAGAAGUUUGAGCCAAUUUUCACUUCGCAUGACCAUCUAAAUGUUUCUUUUCAGUCAACUUAUUUGCUUUUGUCAUUCAUUCUUAUUUAAUUGUAUUUGUGAGUUAAUAACAUCUCACCGUAAAAUGAUGUUUUAUGUUUUACUGUUUAUUUGUCUUAUUCUUUCCCUGUAUCAAUAAAAACAGAUUAAUGUUAAUUCUCACUUUCCUUCUUUUUCCCA